AUGACCGUAUUUGCAACGAUACUGCUGAUUUCGGCUGCACUUCAUGACGCCGAUCUCAGUGACAUGCUUGUGGAAAACACCACGGAACAGUUUCCUUAUGACGGCAGUACUUCGGUAGCCGUUGAUUCAAUCAGCACAGUUUUACCGACAAGUCCGAAACUAAUGAAUACGUCCAGCUUUCAGUCUGACUGUUCGGAUCCUCAUAACAAAGAAAUCUCAUGCUCAGUUCAUGUCGUUGAUUGUGGCAAAAAACUCUUCGAAGACGUCGCACCUGGCCAUGAGCCCGCCGAAGCUCAUGACGUCCGUGUGGAAGCGUUUGCGAAAGCAAUGGCUCGAAGAGAACGUCAUCAGCUACACGUCGACGUCUCGUGGCAGAUAUCACCGGAAAGCGUUCAAGCUCCAGAUCAACGGCAGCGACGGCAGUCGGUGCUUCGUGUUCAACGUCUCGGAUUUCGGAUGGACACAAGAUUUAUCAUCGAGUUCAACUACGACGACGAUCAACGAAACAUGUCGCAGUAUUGUAAGACACAUAGUAAGUCGAUCGAUUUUAUUAUAGUCAUAAAGCGUACGGACUAUAUUUCUCCUUUGUUGCACUAA